AUGUCUGAUUCCGUCUACACAGGUGAAGACUUUGACGCCAAAGUCAGAAAGCAAGUGGAAUUCUACUUCUCUGACUCAAACCUCCAAACAGACAGAUUUCUCUGGAGAAUCUACGAGGCUAAUGACGGCUGGGUUGAGUUGAAAACCAUCUUGACCUUCGGCAGAAUGAGACAGUACAGACCAGAGGAGCGCGUCAUCGCUGCUUUGAAGGAGUCUGAUAAGCUUGUUUUGUCCGCCAACGAGGACAUGAUCAGAAGAAAGGCUCCAUUGAAGGACCACAACGAGUUGAAGAACAUCAGAAGAAGAAACUCUGUCCACAUUGAGGGCUUCCCCAGCGAUGUUUCCCAAGAACAAUUGGAAGAGUGGUUCAACGAGAAGAUUGUUUCUCAGUUGCCAAAAGAACAGGCGUUUGCCUCUAUUCGUAGGAACAGAAACAGAUCCAGGGAAUUCUUGGGCGUUGUUGACGUCGAGUUCAAGACUCAGGAGGACCUGGAGCACUUUUUAAAGUUGGACGUGAGCUACCCUCAGGGUGUUGUUGAGGGUGUUGAGGAGAAGGAUCUUUUGAAGAAAAUGUCACUCUUGAGAUUCAGAGAGAUGAAAGAGUCUGGUAAGAGAUUUGGCGUCAACGAGGUGACCAAGAGAAGAUCCUCAUUCAAAGACAGCAACAACAAGAAAGCGCGUAAAGAGGAGAAAAAGGGUGACGAGAAAACCGAAACUAACGGCGAUAGCACCGCUGUAGAGGAGGCUGUUGAGGACACCGAAACCAAGGAUACUCCAGAAGAGAGCAAGGAAACCUCUAAGGAGGAGGCCACCGAGAGAGAGUCAGAAACGAAAGCCUAA